UUUGACGCCAGCCCUGACCCUUGGAAACCCGAUCGACCCCAAGGUUUUGAGCUUGACCCGACCCUCAACAACACUAUUACUGGCUCUUCCCCGUUCUGACGAGUUCAAUGAAGUGUCAAAUAUGCUACACUGACAUUGGGUCUCUUUCGCUAUCUGAUAAACAGGCGCACUACGAACACCACCUCCAUGACUCUGGUGUUGACGCUAGCCAGAUCGCCACAUCAAGCAGGGUUUCAACGAAACCAGAUACCUCGCAAAACAUUAAUGAGGAUCCUCAAGGCUUCAAGAAGGCGAACAAAAGGAGGGACAAAUGGAAACCACCUUUAUUCAGUAAUCUGGAGAAGAAGCAGGACGUCUUUUGGUAUCCAGCGAUGGAAGAGCCGCCACCUGAUAAUUUCACCCCCGGAAUCAUUACCCUACUCAAGAAGGCACUGCUGAAAUCUCAUGCCCAGGGUAUAACUGUACGGGCGGUGUUGAGCUAUGAACGAACGACCUACAUCAAUAAUCAGAUGUGGGAUAUGGGUUGGGGCUGUGGCUAUCGCAACUUCCUCAUGGCAAGUGCAGCUCUGAUGGACCAACCUUUUCAACCAAUGUACUUCCCUCUUCUUGAUAAACCAAUAUCUCCUGGAAUUCGGAACUUGCAACAAUGGAUUGAACAAGCAUGGAAGGAUGGCUACGAUCAAGAGGGAUAUCAGCAGUUGCAUAGACUCGUUGAAACACACAAGUGGAUAGGAACGUCAGAUUUAUGUACUGCUUUUGUACAUCGCGGUAUUCCUGCUGAAUUGGCGGAUUUUCAGGCUGAAGACGAUGGCGACAUCCGGCCGCUCACCAAAUGGAUAGUGGAUUAUUUCGACAAGUACAAAGUACCCCCCUCGAAUUCACUUCAUGAGGCUUUGUCAGGCGCUACACCCGUCCAUUCUGUCGACUGUAUGCCGUUGAUACUUCAAAACGCCGGACAUUCACGACUGGUAGUUGGAUACGAGAUGGGAAAAGGAGGAGUUAUCAACUUGUUGGUAUUUGACCCAUCUAUAAAGCCCAACAAAGCAAUACGGAAAGCUGCCCUACAUGCAUAUUCUACCCAGCGUAAUCGAGACGCAAGAUCAAGUCUCUCAAGUCUAGGCCAGAAAAGGCGACAUAGCGGUGAGGAGAUAGUAUUCCUUGGUGCAAGCAAUUCGACUGCAAGAAAGCGUCUCAAAGGUGAAAGCAAUCCCCGGCCACCAGGAGAUGUGGAUUUACUAGCUGAAGGAGACGACGAUAUUGUUUUGUUAGGCGAACGCAAACGAAGUAACGAGAAGAAGACCGGUGCAUCUACUCGAAAAAUUCAGGAGGACGAUUUCCUGUGGAAGGAGGUGAUCAAACUUUGCCAGUGGCAAGGUAAGAAGGUUAAGAGAAAGAACAAAUAUCAGAUUCUUUACUUCCCAAUGACAGAACCUUUGACGGACCGCCAGAGGGCGCAAAGGAAAGCGUUGACUAGCGAAAGGAUAGUUCAUGUAUAUUCUAUCCUUUGAGUACACUAGUAUUGCCAGAUUACAUCAUACAGAAACCAUAACAACGUCUGUCCCGCUGUCCACUGGCCCGGUGGGCUCUGGUACUCCUCUCUCAGUCAAGCCCUCUAAGGGUGAAAUAUCCAACCCUGCGACUGCAGACCUCAAUGCUCUCUGCCACGCCUCCUCUACCAUAUAGCCUCCGGCCCUCAUAAUGCCUUCUCGAUCCUUCCUUACGGCUUCACUCACAACGUCGUCAUACCCGUCCUUGAAGACAAAUAGAUCAUCAUACGCAUACCACUCGUCCUGGAGCGGAAUAUGGGGCUCGUCGGGAACCGAGUUGGAUGCCUUCUUUCCUGUCGUUCUUGUUUUGAGCAACUUGGCAUAAUCAGCCCCAAACCCGAAUCCCACAGCAGCCAGUCCAGAAGGUUUCCCUGAGCCAGAUACAGCAGCGAGUCGCUUUGCCGCAUUUGCUCGAGACUUGGCGACGACUUGGCGCGCGUCCUUUUGACUUGUCUCUAGUUUGUCAAUUAUCUCGCGUUGUUCUCGUUCCUUCUCUUCACGUUCUAGUUGUUGUUCGUGAGCCAGUUGAGCUGCACGGGCUUCACGUUCCUUUCGGUCCAGUUCUUCUUGUUCCUUAAGCGCAAGUGCAUACGCCUCCUCUCUUUGAAGGUUGAGAGCGGUCAAGGCUGCAUUUGCAGCUUUGUAGGUCGCGACGCGGGCUUCAGUCUCCUGGACGUUGAUGUUGUUGAUCAGAUUAAAUGCUGGGAGACAUGUCCCUGUUAUUUAUGAUCAAACGAUUACACACGAU